CCUUCAACAUGGCGGCGGCGGUAGAUUAGGGCCGUGGGUCGAAGCAGCCACCGUCGCUGGCGGAACCCUGUGGGAAGUAGCUGCCUCCACCGCCGCCGCCGCCGCAUCUUUCAUCUCUUCUGGGGCAGGGGCCAGGGCCAGAUUUAAACAUCUAUAAAUAGACCUCUUGGGAGCUCUGCCAGCCAAUUCAAUGGCGUCCUCUACUACUGUGCCUCUAGGAUUUCACUAUGAAACAAAGUAUGUUGUUCUCAGCUAUUUGGGAUUCCUGCCUCAGGAGAAGCUGCAAGAGCAUCAUGGUCCUUCACCCCAAGGGGUCCAAGUAGAUGUAGCUUCACAACCUCUGGAUCCAGAAGUUUUAUUAAAAGUUAAAUCUGAAAUUGAAGAAGAACUAAAAGCCCUGGACAAAGAAAUUUCUGAAGCCUUCAACAGCACAGGCUUUGACCGUCACACUUCUCCAGUGUUCAGCCCUGCUAACCCAGAGAGCUCAAUAGAAGACUGCUUGGCCCAACUUGGAGAAAAAGUGUCACAGGAACUGAAAGAGCCUCUGCAUAAAGCUUUGCAAAUGCUCCUCAGCCAGCCAGUGACAUAUCAGGCAUAUCGAGAAUGUACACUGGAGGCUGCUAUUCAUGCCAGUGGCUGGAAUAAGAUUUUAGUGCCUCUGGUUCUGCUACGACAAAUGCUUUUGGAAUUGACAAGACGUGGUCAAGAAUCUCUGAGCGCACUGCUGCAGUUUGGCAUGACAUAUCUGGAGGACUAUGCAGCAGAGUACAUCAUUCAGCAAGGUGGCUGGGUAUGAGUUACUGGUUUUUUUUUUUUUUAAUUAAGGCUACUUAACAGCAAAG